AUGUAGAAGGAAUAUUAGAUUGGCUUUAUUGAAUCAAGCAUAACAUAUAAUGUAAAAUUUAAUAAGAAAAUUGUAAAGUCUAUAAGUAUAAUGAAUCUUGAUAUGAUGAAGGAAGUUGAACUAAUUAAUGAACAUUGAUAUAGUAUUAGAAUCUGCAUCAAAAAGAUGGAAAAAAGAGAAAAAGCAUUGUAGAUUCAAGCAUAGACUAAUCUUGA